UCAGGAGCUUUUUCUCCUUGGGGAGACACUCCGUGUCUCCUCCGCUUUCUGGAUCGCUCCCCCGCUAUCCACAGCUUCCCACUCUAACAGCCCACUCCUACCCACUGCUCUCUUAAACCACAUCCCUACCAUCCCUGCACGUGGGACGACGACUUCGCCGUGCUAGCUGGGUUUGGCUGAGGAAACCACAACAUGUCAGUGCAAAAUGAAGGGGCUAUAUGAAGACCGUCCCGUCCGCAGAGACCCCGGCUGCUCUGUGUAUCGCAAGAAGCUGUGUCUGGUCGUCACGAUGGUUGUCCUCUCGACUCUCCUUCCCCUCUACCUUCUGUCCGGAGUCAGUUCCGGACGUGCGGUCCCCACCUCGAGAUCCGAGUCGGCGGCCUGCGACACAGUCGAUCAGGGCUACCAAUGCUUCUCCCAGAUCUCCCAUCUCUGGGGCCAGUACGCGCCGUACUUCUCCGUCGCGAACGAGUCGGCCAUCUCACCGGCCGUCCCUGACGGAUGCCGGGUCACCUUCGCGCAGGUCCUCUCGCGCCACGGCGCCCGGUAUCCCAGUGCCUCCAAGGGCAAGAAAUACUCCGAGCUGAUCGCGAAGAUCCAAGCGAACGCGACGACGUCCUUCGAGGGCGCGUACGCGUUCCUCAACACGUACAACUACACCCUGGGCACCGACGACCUGGUCCCCUUCGGAGAGCAACAGAUGGUCAACUCCGGGGUGAAGUUCUACCAGCGGUACGAGUCGCUCGCGAAGGACAUCGUGCCGUUCAUCCGCUCCUCCGGGUCGGAUCGGGUGAUCGCCUCGGGCAAUAAAUUCAUCGAGGGGUUCCAGAGCACCAAGCUCCGGGACCCUCGCGCGCGGCCCGGCCAGGCCGCGCCGCACAUCAGUGUGGUUAUCUCCGAGGCCAGCAAUGCCAACAACACCCUCGAUCCGAGCACGUGUGCUGCGUUCGAGGACAGCGAUUUGGCGGAUGACGUGGAGGCCGAUUUCGAGAGUACCUUUGUGCCGGCGAUCCGGCAGCGGCUGGAGGCCGGGCUGGAGGGCGCGACUCUCACCGACAAGGAAGUCAUCUAUCUGAUGGACAUGUGCUCCUUCGACACGAUCGCCAAAGACACCGUCGACACCAAACUCUCCCCCUUCUGCUACCUGUUCACCCACCCCGAAUGGUCCCAGUACAACUACCUCCAGUCCCUGAACAAGUACUACGGCCACGGUGCCGGCAACCCCCUCGGUUCCACCCAGGGAGUCGGCUACGCCAACGAGCUCAUCGCCCGUCUCACCCACUCCCCCGUCCACGACGACACAUCCUCAAACCACACCCUGGACUCCAAUCCCGCCUCCUUCCCGCUCAACGCUACCCUGUAUGCGGAUUUCUCCCACGAUAACGGAAUCACCUCCAUCUUGUUCGCCCUGGGUCUGUAUAAUGUCACGACCCCGCUCUCGACCACCGCCGUGCAGUCGACUGCCGACACCGACGGGUAUUCCGCUGCGUGGACCGUGCCGUUCGCCGCCAGGGUGUAUAUCGAGAUGAUGCAGUGUGAGGCGGAGAGGGAACCCUUGGUCAGGGUUCUGGUUAAUGAUCGCGUGGUGCCGCUGCAUGGGUGCCAGGUUGAUCGGUUGGGGAGAUGUACGAGGGAUGACUUUGUAAAUGGCCUGAGUUUUGCCAGGGAGGGGGGCGAUUGGGGGGAGUGUUCUGCUUAGGUUUUGAGAAGGGUUAGAUGGUGUUAGAUGGUGUUAGAUAUGGUAUAUUAGUG